UUGUUCUAGUAUAUUCUCGAAUAAUAAAUUCGUCGUAGCUAUUCAAGUCAUUACUACUACGUUACUUCACACUUAGACGAGAUAAAUUAAUCCAUUUUGUGUUAUUUCAGUUAAAGUUUAUUAUUACGAGUUAAUCUAAAAAAGUUUAAUCGACAGUUUAUAUUUCAGUUAAACAAGUAUUAUUAAGUGGUCUUAAAAUGCCGACCUCAGCAUUCCGCACAUUUGCCCGUUCAUUUGGAUCAAAAAUUGAAAAACCUAUUCGUACACAUUUAGUUAAUGUGUAUGCUUGCUUGACUCUUUCCAUGGUUGCAGCUGCUGUUGGAGCGUAUGUGCAUGUGUUUACAAACUUUCUUAAUGCUGGAAUUCUAACAGCUCUUGGUGCAACUGGUUUGUUGUUGGCACUUAUGUACACACAAGAUAAUGGAAAAAACCAUUCACUUAGAAUUGGUUAUUUAGUUGGUUUUGCAUUUUUUACAGGAUUAGGAAUUGGUCCACUUUUAGAAUAUGUUAUUCACGUUGAUCCCAGUAUUAUACCAACAGCAUUUUUAGCGUCUACUUUAGUGUUCACAUCAUUUAGCUUGUCUGCCAUUUUUGCUGAACGCGGAAAAUGGCUUUAUUUAGGAGGCACUUUGAUGUCAUUAUUAUCAGUACUCAUGUUAAUGUCUCUUGCUAAUUUAUUCUUUGGUUCUGAUCUUAUUUUCAAAUCAUAUCUGUAUCUUGGACUUGUAUUAAUGAGUGGCUUUGUAUUGUAUGAUACUCAAUUAAUCAUGGAAAAGAGAAGAGCUGGAGAUAAAGAUUUUAUCGCUCAUUCAGUUGAUCUUUUUGUAGAUUUUGUAGGCAUGUUCAGAAGAUUGCUUAUCAUUCUUGCUCAGAAGGAACAAGGAUCAAAGAAACGCAAAGACUGAAUGAAUUGAACCCACACGUUUUAUUUUUAACAAUGGUAAUUUACCAAUGGGAUGAUAAAAAAUAACUAUAUAUAUACUAUUCAAAAUAAAAUAAAAUUAUAUAAGUAUAGAGGUUUAUAUUCUUAGUUAUGUAAUUAAUUUUACAGUUUAAUAAUUAUAACUGUAAAUUUAAGACUAGAUGUAUAAUCAUUUAUCUCAUACAAUAAACUUACCUUAAAUCAAACUUGAUUUUCGGUGUAGGCAAUUUAGGUAAGAUGUUGAUUGUAGAUAUGUUAAUUUAUUUCUCUAAAACUCAUUGUAUGAAAUAUUUGUCACAUAAAAUUUUCUUACAUUAAACAUUAAAAUGUAAUGUUUUUUUUAUUACCAUUGUUUAAAUUAAAAAAAAAAAAAAAUUAUGAAUAUAUUUGUUUAAUUUAAUUAUA